AUGCCUGAGCUUCAUAGCGUCUUCUCGCCGGUUUUCCCUGUGGAUAAGGAUGUGGAUGUGUCUGGGGACGCAGAGCCACUGGCGCAAACCGGGUCUGUUCAGGUGUUUUUGCAAUUGGCAGAGCCGGUAGUGUUCAUACAGGGUUUUGAGUUGCCGCAGCAGAACGAUAAGCCUCCCAGUAUUCUUCGGGGGUCACUUGUGGUUCGGGUACUGAAACCUACGAGGUUGAAAAGUAUAAGUUUGUCGUUUAAGGGCUAUUCGAGAACCGAGUGGCCUGAAGGAAUACCUCCGAAGCGACAAGAUUUUGUGGAGAUCAACGAUAUUGUCAAUCACACUUGGCCCUUUUACCAGGCAGAUAAUAGGGUCCCGAGUGGGCUGGUCGGGAGAAAAAGCGGCCUGGGGGCCAACGCAAGCUCGUUUGGCGACCACGCGUGCUUGCUGCAUGAAAGCGGUGCUUCCAUGUAUAAGCCGUUACCACAGACUGCAGCGCACAGGAGUAAGCACCAAAGUAUCUCGUCACUGAAUGGGCUGUCAUCGCUUUCGUUGGCGUCGGCUAAUGCUUCUGACGCCAGGAGUGUCACGGAUGCUGUGUCGAAUACGGGAAGAAGUUUAUCUCCCAUGUCAUUACUUCGAAGAGCGACUUCUCCAGCUCCUAAGGCCGAUGAUCACCGUAGUCGCGCGUCGUCUGUCACAACAUCGCUGAUUUCCGACCUACUAAGCGGAACCUUUGUUAGUGCGAGUGAGAAUACUUCGUCGGCGACCAAUGGAGAUAUCCAUGGCGUCAACACUGGCAACGACAAUGUUUAUUCCAGCGGGUCUGGUAAUGAAAAUUUUGUCUUUCAGCCGGGGGAGUAUAUUUACACUUUUGAGCAAGCAAUCCCUUCAUCGUAUCCUGAAACCGUUAGAGCUGAUUUCGGAUACGUCGAAUACCAAUUGUUCGUCAGUAUCGAAAGGUUUGGUGCUUUUAAGUCAAAUAUAACAGCUCGAUUACCUGUCACUUUAGUCCGCACCCAAUCAGAUACAUCGAUUGAAGAGACCGAACCGAUUGCUAUCUCGCGUGAUUGGGAAGAUCAAUUACACUAUGACAUUGUGAUCGCUUCAAAAGAUAUUAUCCUGGACGCUUUCUUACCAUUAGCGUUCCAUUUUUCACCUCUCGACAAGGUAACACUACACAGGAUAAGGAUCUAUUUGACAGAAACAAUGGAAUACUACUGCAAAAAUAAGAAAGUCCAUAGGAUGGAGCCUACCAAAAAGUUCUUACUGGCAGAACAUGACGGUCCUCGGUUACCAGGGACGUCCGAGACCGGUGCUCUAAAGGCGAAGAACAUGGGGAACUUGCUUCUUGACGAAUCAACAGGUGAUCUGGUCAAUAAGAACUUUGAGUACCAGGUCUUUGUACCCAGCAUUUUGAAUAAUCAUCAACAAUUACAUCCCGAUACAGGUCUGGAAAAUAUUAAGGCCAAUCACUGGAUAAAGCUUUGUUUACGUCUUUCGAGGAUGGUGGAUGGAAAGCGAAAACAUUACGAGAUCAGUAUUGACUCUCCAAUUCAUGUUUUAAAUAGGCUGUGUUCGCACGCUAACACACUGCUUCCAAGCUACGAUAGCCACAUUAGCAUCAAUGAACAAGCUCUUUCGGCUCAUGCCCAAUUCGGCAACACAUCAAACAUCAGUCUCUAUCACAAUUCGAACAUUUUCUUUCCAAAGGAGGUGCUACAAUCACCUGUGCUCUCACCUGAAGUGCAUCCUUUAGAUCUCAAGGUUGGUUCUCAGUCAAGGAACCUGAGCCCAAGACCUCGUCGACGUCGUGAUUCAAAAGCGGAUGACUCUACUAUGCUGUCAUCGCCCCCAUUUCAGGCCAACAUCUAUCAACCUGACCAGAUACAGAGGGAACUAACAUCGCCUCAGGCAAUUCCUUUGUCUCCAGUGACUUCACCCCAUGUGAGACCACUAUAUCUACCUGACGCACCACCUUCAUUCGAUUUUGACCUAAAUGAAACGCCAACAUUAAAUAUUACGAAAGAGCUACCACGCAAUCCCCCUUCCUACGUUGAUGUAAUGAAGGCCGACGGUAUAGAGUCAGAUCACCGGCAUAAAAGCCGCCCUGCUGUGAAACCACCGAAAAUAGUUUUUAGUCGGUCGGAGGAGACAUUGGCGGAUACUCGUAAACCACUCGACCAUUCACAGAGAAAGAGCAUUGAGGCGGGCUUCAGUAGAAGAAAAUUUACCGGAGCCGAUGAUGAUGGCGACAUCACUUCCGGCUUCAUUUUCCAAGGUGUUUCGCAAGCCUCUGCAAAUUUACCAAGUGCCGUGCUCAGGUCACCUGCUUCGAAUGGAAUGAAUCUAAACGUGGAAGUGAAGAAAGACAGGCGCAAUAGCAUCUCAGGCAUAUUACCCUCCACCAUACGAAACUCAAACCCAUCGUUCAACGACAUGAGCGCCCUUCUAACGAAUAAUUGCGAUAAUAAUGGAGAGAACCAGCUAUCAAGAACUACCUCUGCAUACUCCGACUCCUCAUGUGAGAGAUCAGCCAGAUCUUCCGUGGAUAGCACACUCCUUUUCGCGAACGCCAACAACAUGGAGCCGCUACUUCACCAUACUGAGACUCGCCAUAAUAUCAGCACAGAUAACAUUGCCUUCCAGUCCAGAGAUUCAAUAAACAAUUAUGCCAGUUCCCCUAUAGAUUCCUCUGUUGAUAUAACAGCCCUCUAUGAUCGGAACUCAAACGGUUGGCAUCCCCUUCAAGCUAACGCAGAGGACACACUCUCCCCUGUGGUCAGUCCCGGAUACUCUGCAAUCGUUGCUAACUCAAAUCAUGUAUUUGAAGAUUUCAAGAAUGCCUUGCAUCAAAAUGAUGGCUCAAGUAGAGAUCUACAUGAAGACAGUGUAAGCACUCUGAGACAAAGCAAUGAAUCUUCUUCGGGUCGUCCCACAAGUCCUUUUCAGUAUGAUGCUUAG